CCUAAAGGUGACCCAGGUGAUCCUGGUCCAAUGGGAGCAAAAGGUGAACCUGGUGAUGCAGGAUCUACGGGACUAGCUGGACAUGGUGGUAUUGCUGGAAUAAAGGGUGAAAGAGGUGCAAGAGGUCCCAGUGGGACUCCAGGAACAAAAGGAAGCACAGGUCCCCCUGGACUACCAGGACUAAGAGGGGCCAAAGGCAUGAAUGGCCUCAAUGGUGCAAAAGGUACUGAUGGUGAUCCUGGAGAAACUGGCCCCCCUGGAGCUCAAGGCACACAAGGAAAGCCAGGAUACAAAGGAUUAGCAGGUGAUCCUGGAAAACCGGGUGCUCCAGGACUCUCUGUUACUUGGAGUAGGUCUGCUUUUUGUGUCAAACUUGGCACUGGCAGUGUUGUUGGUAACCAACCAAUAGGCUUCUACGAAAUUCUGUAUAAUGAAGAUGGCGACUAUAACACUGAGACCAGCACAUUUAAUUGUCGCAUUGCUGGUGUCUAUGCAUUCCAUGCAUAUUUUGAAGUGAAAACAAGAAACGCACAGAUCGCAAUAAUGGUAAAUGACCAACGUAUUUACCACAAUUCCCAGUCAUAUUCUUCAUUUCCUGAACAGUCAACUCUUGGAACUAUUGUGAAGCUUAAAGUAGGUGACAAAGUUUGGGUAGAGCCAAUUGAUUCUGAUACAGGUAUUUGCCGUAACAGUUAUUUCAUGGGUUACUUGAUUUAUGACCGCAAAUAA